CCGACUAUUUGAUUAAUUUCCCAAUUCCCAAUUCCCCAAUUCCCAACCUAAUUGGCAAUCUCUCCUCUCCGUUUCUUCCCUUGUUCUUCCUUCCAGAAAAGAAAUCCCUAAUUCAGUUCAAUUAGGUUUUUAAUUUGAUUUCUGUUGAAUUAGGUUUCUAUGGCCUCGGUGCCCUCAAGCACAGCGGGUUCUGCCACUUCGUCAUCUGGUCAGUUCACAUACGCUGCGGCCACCACCUCCUCCUAUUUUCCGACGCCGUUUCACCUUCAACAAAAUCUUCCGCCACCUCCCGUUCCUUACAUUGGCGCAGCCCCUCCGCCCGCUAUACCGUCGGUCUCAUACUCCGUGUACCCCCCUCCUCCUACCGCUUACACCUUGCCGCAAUAUCAACAGGCCCAACAGUUGUUUCAGAGGGACGCGCAAACAAUAACUCCAGAAGCUCUUGAAAGUGUGAAAGCUGCUCUUGCAAGCAGCGAUAUCGAGCACAAAACGGAGACUAAGAAGAAGGCAAUUCCUCGAAAAGCUGCAGGCCAGACUUGGGUGGAUCCCAGCCUUGCAGAAUGGCCUGAGAAUGAUUAUCGUGUAUUUUGUGGCGAUCUUGGAAAUGAAGUGAAUGAUGACGUUUUAUCAAAAGCUUUUUCGAGAUUUCCUUCCUUUAAUAUGGCCAGGGUUGUUAGGGAUAAGCGUACUGGCAAAACCAAGGGGUAUGGGUUUGUUAGUUUCUCCAACCCGACAGACCUUGCGGGUGCGCUUAAAGAAAUGAACGGGAAAUAUGUUGGAAACCGUCCAAUUAAACUUCGCAAGAGCACAUGGAAAGAAAGAACUGAUAGUGGAGCUGCGGAACGACAAAAGAACCAUUCUCAGAAGAAGAACAAGCAACCGAAGAAAAGCGUGUUGCACAAAUGAGAGCAGACAUCGAGAACUAAGACGACUCUUGUUGCGUAUGAAGGAAGACGUGAAAUUUAGUAUGGCAUAUAUAAAAACUGGAAACUGUAUCAAAAUUUAUUCCUUGCAUGACUUUGUUUAUGCACCAUUGACAACUUUCUUUUUCCCCCUAUUGGAAUUUGUGUAUCUUGAUGUGUUUAGAUGCUAACAUGUUCCAGUUCGUUUCAAUGGAUUUUUAUCGCAAAAUUGGAUUAUUUUGCUGAUCGAAAUUUUGGUA